GGAUUUGCCUCCCUCCUGUCGAGCAACAACGAUGCGCCUCUCCGGCUGACGACGCAGGUCCCCGAUGUGAGAUCUGCAAAGCUGAAAGGCGCCACUGACAGGACCACAGCCAGGCCUUAGGAUAGACAUCCCAAACAUCCAAAGCCACGGAAUGUGUCAACAUCUUUGUGGUGAAAUCCCGCUGACUCCUCACUUGCUUCUUGCAUAAUCGUGGAGCUGGGCCUUCUGGGAACCUACAGUGUUUGAAGGCAAACAACAAUGCCUGGGAGGCCCACCUGCCCCCAAUUGCCUCCAACCAUGGUUGCUGUGUCACCACAGUGCUGACUGUGCCCACUACAGAAAGGGAUCCAAUCUGGUCAGCGCGUCCUUCACCCCGCUGAAGACUUCUUUAUGGUAUAUAGGAAGUACAUGCCACUAUCAACCAGAUGACCUAGUGGACAUUUGUUUCCCAGUAGCAGUGCUGAACCAUACGAGGGGAUCCUAGUAUUGAACAUGACUCAUGGGGAGGAGCCUGGCCCUGAGACACACAAGGAUUCAGCUGUUCUAACUUAUCUGGAAGGUUUACUGAUGCAUCCAGUGGUAGCCGGGCCUGGGGCCACGGUGAGCGGGAGGUCUGAGGCUGCCCACAGCAACCAGGACCAGGGUGACAAGGUGGGCGGGCCUUUUCAACUGCCCAACCAUGGCCCCACAGCUCCCAAGGCUGGAACAAACGGGCCCACACUGGGUUCUUCGCAGCACCUGAAGAAGGCCCGCCUACUGCGCUCUGGUGCCUGGAAUGAUCCAGGGACCCAGCGGAUGACUUCACCCCCAAUGGAGCUGAAUGGCCAAGGGGGAGGCCUGCAAAAUGGAACACUAGAGGGAUCUCCUCAUGCCGGGGAGAGCACCCUGUUGGCCUCCCUGCUUCAGUCAUUCAGCUCACGGCUUCAGAGUGUGGCAAUGUCUCAGCACUCUAAUAAUUCCCCCAGCGAGUGUUCCUCUCCAUCCAAGGCCCCGCCUGCGGAUAAAGAGCCAGUUCCUGUGUAUGGGACUGCCUCAAGCCGCUUGAAGGGCCUGAUGAGGAAGAGCAAACUUCAAAAUCACAGCAACACACCUUACAGUCGCAGGGGACACAGUCAGGACAGGCCCCCAGAAUCACCUCGGUCAGCACACAGUGCCACGCCUCCCUCUGCCCCUACUACUGCUGAAUCUGUGUCCUGUGCGGAGCGUCUGAAGGCAGUGGCCAACAUGGUGAAAAUCCGUUCUAGUCCGGCACCUUCACCCAAGCCCAGUGUGGCCUGCAGUCAACUGGCCCUGCUGCUUUCCAGCGAAGCCCAUCUCCAGCAGUACUCUAGAGAGCAUGCGCUCAAAGCCCAGCUCUCAGGAAGAUCUGCUAGCGAGAGACUAGCUGCCAUGGCAAACCAGCAGCAUGGCCAGGACAGCAGGCCACCUAGUGUGGGAGGGACUCUGCCUGGAGCUCCAGACACACUAAGCUCCUUAACAACCCAAAAUGGAAUGACAACAACAACCACAAUAACAACAACACUCCCUCGACGGGUGCUGUCCAGUCCACAGAGCCCCUCUUUGGUGCGUGGCCACAGCCAAAGCUCCCCACCCACUCCCCCACAUGCUCCGAACCCCACUCUCAGCCAACCACCAAGGGAGAAGCGAGGCUUUGACUCACGUCCAACCCGUCCCCCGCAGACAUGCAGCAGCUUGCUGCUGCUGCUUCUCAACAACCACAACAACCAGAAGCAGCUGACCAAGAAUGGCCACCUGGAGGACAGCUGCGGCAUUCUGCCGCCAAGCGGCUCCUCUUCAGUCACAUCGGACAGUGAGUGCUCCAUCCAGGAGAGGAGCCUGACCAAGGACAGCAGUGAUGCAGAGAGUUCUUACUCAAGUUGCUCUCCCAUUGACCUCUCCAUGAGAAGCCGGGCCAAUACACGAGACACAGGGCCCAAAACUACUGCCCACUCUUCCUCCAUCUCCUUCUCCUCUUCCACCUCUACCCUCUCUUCUUCAACCACAGUGUUUUCCUCCGCCCCUGUUGCUUUCUCUCCCAAAGCUUCUGCUCAACCCUCUAACGCAAACUUUUCAUCAUCCUCUACUGUUGUCCCGUCUGUUUCCACUGCUAUUUCCUCAUCUUCUUCCUCCUCUAUGUCUACCUCCUCUCUGGACAAACUAACAGAAUCUUUAAUAAACAAGUGGAAGCCAGAGCCAUCAGGAUCAAAGCUGUGCAAGAUCAAGGAGCCUGAAAUGAGCCAGGACCUAAAAUCACACUCUAAAGUCACACUUAUGCAGCUUCUUCUUGAGCGCAGGAAUAAUGAGAUAAAUAAAAGCGUAGGUAACCCUGAUUCGCCUGUUGAUAUAACUAUGACCACCAUGGCUCGUGGCCAACCAAAGGGACUCGUGCCCUGGGAGGAGACCAGGACAAAAAGCCCCAUAGAUAGACCUGUAGCCCCAGCCCAGCCCCUCUACUCACCACUCAGCAGGGACACUAGUGGGGCACUGUCCCCGUACUCCUACCCCUCCCCCCAUGUCCAAUCCAGCCCAUUGGAUUUGUGUAAAUCCAAAGCUUUCCCUGCUGAGAAGGCUUCAGAGCCUGCCUUCAGUGCCAGUAAACUGUUACAAAAUCUGGCUCAGUGUGGCACAGCGUCUUCCUCCCCACCCAUCCCCUCAGGCAAAGGGCAUGGGCAGGAGCUAGAUGCCAGCAGGCCCCUUGCCCUAUUGGAAAGGCUCAAUGCCCCAAUCCACAGGACCACCACCACUCCACUCUCAGACGGACCCUCGGGCAGUGGUACACCUUUCAGUCAGAAGGAAGCUUCUUCUCCUUCAACGCAGAUCGAGAACCUUCUAGAGAGGCGCACUGUGCUGCAGCUUCUUCUAGGAACAGGCUCGGCCACUGCUACAGUGGGCCGCAAAGAUAGGCCCAGUGGCAGUGGCAGGAGGAGUGUGGAGGUAGCAGGGGGCUGCUAUGAGAAGAGCCCUGGUGCCUCCCUUAUCUGUGACAGUGCCAAUGGGCCCCCUUUGGAUGUGAAGGUCAAAUCUGAGUUUGCGGAAGAGGUGGGACCGCCCUUGGCCAUGUCUGAGGACUAUAGUGGCAGAAAGAGACUCAGUGGCUAUGAGAAGAAUAGCCCCCUUUCAGAUUGUCAGCAGGACUUCAAAACAGAACCACGUCCUGCAGAGGUCAUAGCUAAAUAUGGCCUCCUCAGCCAGCUGCUUAAACAACAGACUGCUACCUACUAUACCAGUUCUGCUAUGCAGGCUGAGUCCCAGCCCAGGCAGGUUAAAGAGGAACAGAGGGAGUAUCCAAGCCCCAGUCAUAAGAAGAGACGCCUCUGCUCUGACCGGACUGACAGUUUGAAUCAUACCAGCUUUCCAAGAGCAGUAGACAGUGGCGACAUAAACAUUUUUGCAUCUUCUGCUGUUCAGGAGGAGCCUGACCAUCAGAGGAACGUGAAGGAAGAGGAGGCUCCACCAAGGAGUCCACCAAGUGAAACCCUCACCAGAGAGAGUCGGGGCUUCAAUGUGCUCAAACAGCUGCUGCUCUCUGACAACUGUCUGAAGGAGCUGUCCCAGCAGCCCCGGGGGACACCCAGUCCCUCUGUCCUGCAGGCCAAUGGCAAGGCCAACGGCAGCAUUCUCAGUCAGCCCGCCCACAAUCACAGCUUCCUCCACCUGCCGGGCUGGCACCCCCAUGGUUCCCUUAACUCAGGGCUUCCAAGUAAUCUCAGACCACUGCCCACCCCCCCUGCAGGUGACAGCCCUAUCCGCACCCCUUGGAGCCGCCAGCCAGCUCCAUGGCCGGUCGCUCAAAAACGGGACCCGCCCACUCUUGUCAAGCAGGAGCCUGAGAGCCCUGUGAGAUGGAGUAGUCAGGAGAAUGAGGAGGAGGAGGAGGAGGGUUGUGACUCAAACCCGGACUCUCCAAGGCUCUCGCGUUCCAACCCCAUCCUGUAUUACAUGCUGCAGAAGGGCAGCAUUCAGCUGAGAAAGGAGGUGCGGGAUCAGGCAGAGGGAACCCACUCUAUGGUCAGAGUUAAAGAAGAGCCAAUCAGUGACAUGCAUGCUUAUGAACACAGUCUGAGCACCAUCCCGCAAUCACCGAACCACAAUGACAAGCACAGCCAUGAGAGCCAGGGGCUGAGCCAAUCAUAUGAGUAGAAGUUGUAUCAACUAUAGACAAAAUACAAAGCGGAAUCGAAUUCAUUGACUCUCCUUUUUUUUUUUUUUUUUUUUAAUGACUUGCCAAAUUGGUUUGAUGGGACAAAUAACAAAGAAUGCAAACAUGAUUUUUUUUUAAUUUUUUGGUGGAAUAGAGCAAGUUCCAAUUCAAAUGCAUACUUGCAUUGGUUUCUGAAUUUUAAAUAGCGAUGUCAUAGAAUGGUACAAAACAGGUCUUUCAUAGCAAAAAUGUCUAAUUGAUUCAAGCAAAACUGUCACAAAUUGAACCUUUCCCUUCAGUGAUUAUCAUGCACUACAUAUUUCAUUCAGUCCAUUAUGAAGUCAUCCUUUUACAAUUUGGUCUUGUUUUACACUUUUAUUCGUAUCUCAAUUCUACACAUAUCACUAUUCCAUGUCCCCUUUGUUGCCUGCCAUAAAAGAUUUAGGAAGAACAUUUCAGGCAACAUUUAUUAUUGAUGACUCCAAAAAUGUUAGCGCUCAGUUCAGUGGACAUUUAUUUAUUUUCUCCAUCAGAACAUUUUCAGAUAAGACAGAGGCCCAUCAAUUUUAGAUAAGAUUCCAAAUAAAGUCAUUCUAGGGCAGACACGGCGGUCUAUUACAACAAUGUACAUGAUAAAUUCUUUCACUGGAGGACCUUGAAAACUGCAGUAGCUUCAGUAAGGCUCCUACCAUGAUGAAUGCUUAGUCUUGAUUCUCCUCGAGAUUCACAGUGUGGUAUAAUUACCAGUGGAGGGAGAGUAUAGCAACGGAGGUUUGAAUAGUCACAAUUCAUUGAGUUAUGCUUUUGUUUGAAUUGAACGUUUUAAGGGCAAUAUUCGACAGUGCAAAUUCAGGGCGAUGUGUUUUGCAGAUUGUGCAGUUUUGAGCAGAUGGGUCAACAGGGUGCGUGUGGUGCUUACCAUUGAGCAACUGUGUGUAAACAGGUUUCUGGAGCAACAGUUAAAUGGCUGAGAAACUUAUCUUACCAUCCUGGGUAAAACCCCCACCACUUCUCUCCUCGUACACACAAAAACUUCAAGAGUGAAGCACAUUUGCUUUUUUCUUUUCAUUUCACAUGAAGGACCACCUAGAGUUUGCACUAUCGAAAGCCGAGUCCUCGGGUGUCCUUUUUCCAGAAUGGUUUAAUGGCAUGUAAUGAAAAAAAGAAAUGUCAGUAUCGUUAUCUGUUGAGAAUUUGACAGUUUGUGAUUCUUUUCAUCAUCAUUUCUUCAACUGUUGUGGUUUAUGGACAUCUUUGUUUUUUUUGUGGCAGCCUCUUAACUCAUAAAAUGUCAAAAGAAUUGCAUGGUAAUUAAGAGAAGACCACAGGUACAUCUUUGUUUUCCAAGCAGCUGGAUAUGUGUACCUGCCCCCCAAUAAUCACCAAGACAUUUGGUGUCUUGAGGGAUACCCGUUAUCUAGCUCCUUAUUUUUAUUGUACUGUAUUCUUUUCAGUAAUGUCACACACUGCUUUAUCCAUUUAGUCUUGUGAUCUUUUUAAUACAUAUACCUAUGAAGUACGUUUCUUCGAUUAUUAAUACAUUUUCACAAUGGUUAAAUAUAUUUGUGUAAAUAGUACUUUCAGUAUGAAAGAUGACUAUUUUGUAAUGUUUAAGAAAAGAUAUUGCCCUAGUUUUUAAUGCCCUAUGUAAAUAUGAAUUAUAUGCGUACAAGUGUACAUACAAAGGCAGAGGAUGCUAUGCCCAUCUUUUUUUGGUUGGUUUGUUCUUUGCAUGUGUCUCUAUGUGGUAAAUGAUAAUCUAUCCUGCGCUGUGUUGUGUAAUAAUGUCUGACUCUCCUCACUGCUGCCUGUUGCAUGCAGACGCAUGGGAACUACCUGUGUAUCCCUACUGGUGAUGGGGGAAAAUGUCAAGUCUUAAAAAUAGGUCUUUUUUAUCACAGAGAGAGGUCCGUUUAGAAAACGAGCAGUCCCUAAAUAACCGGAGACUUUCAAGCAAGUUAAUUCUGAAAUGUGUGAAAAAUAAACGUGCAUUGAAUAUUUUUGUGAUUUUCUUUUUUUUUUUUUUUUUUUUUCUUCUGUUACUGGUUAACAAAAGCUCUGUGAAAGAGCUCGGGGCUAUAGUGGGGGGAUUGACGUACAAUCAUAGAUCUGCAUUGUGCAUCUGAGAAAUACAUUUGUAGCAGCAAAUAUAUAUAUAUAUAUAUAUAUAAAAAAAAAAAAAAGAUGUUUCAUUUUUUCAUGUGAAGACCUGAAACAUAAUUUCUUUUUUUCUUUUUCUUUUUUUUUAUGUUUUCAUUUUUUUGGUGUUCAUUUGCACUGAUAUCUCAAAAAUAAAGUACUAAAAUGCAUGA